AUGAUAGCAGUGGUUGGAUGUGAACACAUGAUAGCAGUGGUUGGAUGUGAACACAUGAUUGCAGUGGUUGGAUGUGAACCCAUGAUUGCAGUGGUUGGAUGUGAACCCAUGAUUGAGGUGGUUGGAUGUGAACCCAUGAUUGCAGUGGUUGGAUGUGAACCCAUGAUUGAGGUGGUUGGAUGUGAACCCAUGAUUGCAGUGGUUGGAUGUGAACCCAUGAUUGCAGUGGUUGGAUGUGAACCCAUGAUUGCAGUGGUUGGAUGUGAACACAUGAUUGCAGUGGUUGGAUGUGAACACAUGAUAGCAGUGGUUGAUUGUGAACCCAUGAUUACAGUGGUUGGAUGUGAACACAUGAUAGCAGUGAUUGGAUGUGAACACAUGAUUGCAGUGGUUGAUCGUGAACCCAUGAUUUCAGUGGUUGAUCGUGAACACAUGAUUGCAGUGGUUGGAUGUGAACCCAUGAUUGCAGUGGUUGGAUGUGAACCCAUGAUUGAGUGGUUGGAUGUGGUGGUUGGAUGUGAACCCAUGAUUGCAGUGGUUGGAUGUGAACCCAUGAUUGCAGUGGUUGGAUGUGAACCCAUGAUUGCAGUGGUUGGAUGUGAACCCAUGAUUGCAGUGGUUGGAUGUGAACCCAUGAUUGCAGUGGUUGGAUGUGAACACAUGAUUGCAGUGGUUGGAUGUGAACCCAUGAUUGCAGUGGUUGGAUGUGAACACAUGAUUGCAGUGGUUGGAUGUGAACCCAUGAUUGCAGUGUUGGUCGUGUUGGGGUCGUGA